CUUAAACGGGCACUCCCUCUUCUCCCACACUGCUCCAUUUUCCUCCUGUUCAUCGUCUCUGCCUCUGCCCAUCUCAUCUCCCGUCAGUUCGAUCGACACGCCACAUUUCGCGGAUCGGUGGGAGGCCUGUCACUACUGUGCUCUUGCGUGCAUGCGCCUGUGUUGUGCGCGGACAUGCGCGGCUGUUCUCUCCGGCGGUGUGUGGCGGCUCUCGCCGCCGUCGUGGUGGCUGCGGCAGUAGUGACGGCGGCGGCCGGAGACCAUAAUUUCCACCGGGACUUCGAGGCCGUGUGGGGGAAGGGCAAUGCGCUGUUCCGCGACGGCGGGCGGGUGGCGGAGCUGACGCUGGAUAAGCAGACCGGGACGCGCCUGCAGUCCAAGGACCGGUUCUUGUUCGGGAGGUUCGAUCUCGAGAUCAAGCUCGUCAGGGGAGAGUCUGCAGGCACCAUCACUUCCUUCUAUAUCUGCAGCGGCGGCGCGCGGCACGACGAGGUGGACUUCGAGUUCCUGGGCAACUCCAGCGGCGAGCCGUACCUGCUGCACACCAACAUCUUCAGCGACGGCAAGGGCGAGCGCGAGCAGCAGUUCGUGCUCUGGUUCGACCCCACCGCCGACUUCCACACCUACUCCAUCCUCUGGAACCCACACAACAUCAUACUGUACAUCGACGGGACGCCGAUCAGGGUGUUCAGGAACAACGAGGCGUACGGCGUGCCGUUCCCGGCGAGGCAGCCGGUGCACGUGUUCGCCAGCAUCUGGGACGCCGAGGAGUGGGCGACGCAGGGCGGCCGCGUCAAGACGGACUGGUCCCGCGCGCCGUUCGUCGCCGCGUACCGCCGGUACAACGUCACCAACGCCUGCGUCUGGGACGGCGGCGCCGGGGUGGCGCGGUGCACCGGCGGCGGCAAGGCAGGUGGUGGGUGGAUGAGCCAGAGGAUGGACUGGUGGAGCUGGAUGACGCUCAACUGGGUGCGCAUGAACUACAUGGCCUACGACUACUGCUCCGACCGCAAGCGCUUCCCGCGCCGCUUCCCCACCGAGUGCAUCGUCCCCAUCGGCAGAACGUGACGCUGCCCGCCUCGUCCUCCAUCCGUAGCUCGUUUUGUGUUUUGCAGUGACGAACUGAGAACAUAAAUAAUUAUCUCCUGUUAUCUCUAGGUUAAUUGGCCACUUAAUUGGAACUUGGGGUUGAGUUGUGCAGGGUAAUGAGAAGGCCUCGACUCGUUCCAGAAGUGUCUUUUUCCACUGUGUUUUGUUACGAGUUUGUAGACUGUAAAAGACUCUAAACCUUUGAUUUUGAUUUUUGUUGAAGAAACUUUAUCCCCCUAGGGACGUCCACCUUCAAUAUUGGACUGGUGGCUCUCGUCAAGAGUUCUUCUUCUGAAGUAUUUGAAAGCCAGCUUUGACUACAUUGUCCUUCUCAUCUCCUAGCAGCUCUAAAAUGAGUGUAAUCGUAGAGUCUUCGAUCAUGCUUUGUCCUCGGAUCAUGUGCUGCUCUAGACCAUCCGCUCGGAGGGUCAGCUGUGGUCCUCUGCUUGAUUAGCGGCCUUUUGGGGGAGGAGCGAGUGUAGCCUUCUCUGCCCUUGCUCCCACUUAUUGGUGUCAAGUCGAGUUUCUUGUUCUGUGUUUGUAUUAGCUUAGUUCCUUUGGGGGUCCUUGUACGAGGCCAGUCCGGUCUUGUUGUGUUGUAUACAAACACUCAUUUUCUUCUAAUAUAUAGAUGU